AUGAAUGUGUAUAUAGACCACGAAAAUGAAGCUGUACUUGAUUGGGCUGAUAUGGAAGUACUAGAAGAUGAUGAAGGGCAUUAUUCUGAGCCAGACGUGGAUGAUGAUAAAGAUUCACAACUUUCUGAUGAUAUUCCAUAUGAGCAUGAAGCAAAUGGUAUUUCUAAGGAUAAAAAUGAUGAGCUUGAAACCAACAAUGGGGAUGACAAACCAGUGUACCCUGUCCAUAAUGAGAACCAGAAAUUGGACAAAAUGGUGCCAAUUCUAGGUAUGAGAUUCUCUAACCCUAUGGAAUUGAAAAUUUGUUUGACUAACUAUGCAGUGAAGAAUGGGUACAAUCUUUAUUAUGAGAAAAAUGAUAGUCAGAGGUUAUUAGUGAGAUGCUAUAAAGAUAGCAAGAACCCCUCUUGCCCUUUUAGACAGUGGGCUUCUUGGAUGAGUAGUGAAAGGUCUUUCCAGAUUAAGUCCUUAGUUGAUGACCAUAAUUGUUCAAGAGUCUUCAAACUUGCUUCCAUUGUAACAUAUAAAUGGAUUGGAAAGCAUUUUAAGAAUCAACUUUUGAAGAACCCCAACAUGAGCAUAAGGAAAAUGAAAGCCAAAAUGAGUACAAAGUUUAAAUUGAUUGUUAGUGUGACUCGAUGUAGAAAUGUUAGGAGAUACGCUUUGGAAGAGAUAGACGGUAGUUUGAUAGAACAUUAUGGUAAAGUAUGGAGUUAUGGUGAAGAAAUAAUGAGGACAAAUCCUGGUUCAGUAAAGAUAGAUGUGAAUUUCAUGCCUGAUUCCACCACUUACUUUUCUAAAAUGUAUGUUUGUUUUAAGGGUGUGAAGGAUGGUUGGAUUGCAACAUGUAGGAGGGUAAUAGGGGUAGUUGGUUGUUUUUUAAAGGGUAUAUGUAGAGGCCAACUGUUAGCAGCUAUGGGUAGGGAUGCAAAUGACCACAUCUUCCCUAUUGCAUGGGCUGUGAUGGCAGUAGAAAAUAAGGAAACAUGGAAGUGGUUUCUUGACCUCCUACUUAAUGACAUUGAAAUGAGAAUUGGUCAUGGAUUGACCCUCAUAUCAGACCAACACAAGGGAAUGGUAGAGACUAUCAAAGAAAGAGUUCCAACAGCACAGCAUAGACAAUGUGUUAGGCACAUCUAUGCUAACUUCAAGAAAAGAUUCAAAGCUUAUGAACACCUCAUGGAAAGGGACCCUAAAAGUUGGUGUAGGACAUUGUUUGAAGUGGACAUGGCUUGUGAUGCUUAUGAGAACGACAUAUUAGAAAGUUUCAACUCUGUUAUUGAUCUUGCUAGGAAGAGACCACUCCUCACCAUGUUGGAAGAGAUUCAGAUUUAUGCAAUGCAGAGGAUAUUUUGGGAAGUUAUACCUUCUGGGGUACAAAAAUAUGAGGUUAAGAUUGGAAAUGAUGGAUAUGCUGUGGACCUUACCAACAACACAUGUGGAUGUAGAUCUUGGCAAGUAUCAGAUAUCCCAUGUGUGCAUGCAGUGGCAACCAUUUCAUACCUCAACAAGAAUGCAGAGGAUUAUGUUGCACCAUGGUUCCAUACAGCCAUGUUCUUGACUUGUUACCACCAUACCAUUAAUCCACUUAAUGGUAGUUCCAUGUGGCCUGAAGCUCCCUACAUGAAGCCAUUGCCUCCUCAAAAAAGAAGGUUACCAGGAAGGCCAACCCUUAAAAGGAAAAUGGAUCAAACUGAGAGGGAAAGCAAGGAGAAAACAAGACAUACUAUCUCAAAAGCAGGUGUAGUUAAUAAAUGCACUAUUUGUAGAGAAAGGGGCCCCAAAAGAUCAACAUGUCCUACUAGACCAGCAGAUGUAGCAUCCACUUCAAGGCCAAAAAACAAGAAACCUAAAAAUGUAAAAAAGAGAAAGAUUGUUUAA